CAAGUGCAUGCUUCUGAACUGUAUCAUACCAAAGCUGAAGCUUCCUUUCACACUGAACGACUUUUCUGGGAGUACUUCGUGACAAUUCGCUCUCGUCAGACUGCGUGUCUCGUUACUUGUCAACAAGCAUCCCUUUCUCCUUGCAUCGAGUGUCUGAACGGCAGGAACCUGCAACGCGGGAAUGCACAAUUUUCAUAACUGCCACACAAGCUGAUCAUGAUCUGGUCCUUGAGAGAAUUUCCUUUUUGGUGAGCCGAAGGCGAAUAGAACCAUCUUCGAAACCCUUUCCUCGCAUCCUUCACAAUUCUCUGACCUGCGAACUACCCCACAGCACCCUUGGACAAAGUUCCUCGACACGGACGCUCGUCCUCCGGUAGUCUCAACGACUGAAUUCGAUAGCAAGGGUGCUGGUCACGGAUACACAAUUUGGAUUGUCACAGUUAAGUUGUAGAGUUAGUUUUUGUAAACUUCUUCCUGGUCAUACAAAGGAUGGAUAUUUAAUUAUUGUACUCUUCGAAAAUCAGACUUUCUGAAACAGCAGGGCAAAAGGAGACAUUUAGAGACACAGAUACAAUUUUCACUUUUCCGCUUUAGUUGGAAAUAUGUAAGGGUAACGACUGUGGAGUAGUAUUUUUGCUCCCAUAGGAUAUCCUCUGUGAUGACGGGUGAAUGAUUCGACAUAUGGAGGGUUUACGUUGAACUCGAAUUUCCGAAGGGCAGAUCGAGAGAAGUAAGCGAAGAACCAGGGUAAAGGAGAAGAAGAUCUCCAGAACGAGCUGAGGCAUCGAGCUUCACACUUGGCAAUCAAACUGCUGUCGGAACUAGAUACCAAACCUCCGGUGAUGUCGGUGACGUUGUCUUGCACCCACGGUGUCAUAGAAAUCAACCUGUUUUUCAGAGAUGCUCCAAGAACUUGUAGGAACUUCAUUGAGCUUUGCAAGGCAGGCUACUACGAUGGCAUCACGUUCCAUGUACCGCCCUGAAAAUUGUCCCCGAUUUCAUGUGCCAAAGCGGUGAUCCAUCAGGAACUGGAGGUGGUGGGCUUUCAAUAUAUGGACCGAAAUUCGGGGACGAGAUUUCUGCGAAACGCAGCCAUGACAGAAAAGGAGUCGUUUCUAUGGCCAACUUUGGACGCAACACCAACUCCUCUCAGUUUUUCAUAACUUUCAAAGCGUGCCCGCACCUGGAUGGAAAGCACACCGUGUUUGGGCAAGUGCAAGAAAAGUCCCUGGCGGUAUUGGAGAAGAUGCAACGUGUCAAAACGAGGAGCUACACUCCUGUCUAUCCAGUGAAACUGUUCGUGGCCGAAGUGUUGGAGGAUCCAUGGGACGGGCUGCCUCUACCUCCCGGGGCCAAAAUUCCUUCCAAGCCAUUGAUUGGGUCCAAGAGUCCGGUUGCAUGCUUUCUUCAAUGAGGUUCGAUUCCAGUAGCGGAUGCGAAAUACUUGACAUUUCAUGAACGUAUUUCGGUGUCGUUUACAUAUUUAGCCUUGUACAUCUUAUGUUGGGGGUGUAGAGUGCCGUUGCGAUCAUUUGAGAAGUAAACUCUUGUGGCCCAGCUUUGUCACAUUCUACACAGCCGGUACCUUCGGAAGACAGGAUAAACAAUAUACGUCAUUGCCGAAUGAAAAUUUGGCAGUAAGCCUCAAUGAGCGCCAGAUAAUGCUGGCGCUCAUUGAACUGGGGUUGAUUUUUUUAAUGAAAGCGUCAAGCUAAUGACAUGAGUUGUUUCUUUUCUUCGCAUAGUGUAUGAAAUAAUAAUCCAUUUACUUAUUACUCUGAUCUUGAUCUGAUCGCAUUAUCGGCAGCUUGAAAACUUAUUUACCAAACAUAUGCUAUCAUGCAUAUUUGCCAUGACCAUGAACUCUACAUGAAGAAAAUGAGAUUUUUAUUAUCUACUGUACUUUACAAAU